AUGGGAGCUGAUAUUAACUCGGUAAAUAACGUUGAUCGAACUGCUCGUCACUAUGCUGUUAGUGGCGACCGGGUGAACACUGCUGAAUUGUUGAUUCGCCUUGGUGCUGAUGUUAAUGCACAGGACAAGGUUGGAUUUGCACCACUGCACCGUGCAGCUGGCAGAGGUUACUUAGAUAUUUGCAAACUCCUCGUCGAUGCAGGAGCUAACAUCAAUGUCCUUGACCAUGCUGAGGAAACUCCUCUUGUCCAUGCCGUUUUUUGUCAACAGAAAGAGAAAUUUAUAAUGGCUGAUGAUGAUGAUACACCGCCACCACCACCACAGAAAAUUGAAACCACCUCACCCUUCUAUCUUGGCGCACAUGAUAGGUCGGGUGAUUUCAUUACUCCUGUCCGUCUCAAACUCGACAAUUUCGAUUCUUGGGCGCACUCUAUAUAUGUAGCUCUUUCUUCUCGACGCAAAUUUGGAUUUCUUGAUGACACCAUCAUUGAUUGUAUUCCACCCGCAACGAAGGAGGAUUGGGUCGUCGUUCAUUGUAUAUAUGCUCGUUUCAUGGCUUAUAAAUACCAUUGA